CUUUACUACUUUCAGAUGCAGUCAAUUUUUGUUGCGUUGUGUAUUGUUGGAGCUGUUGGUGCAGUGGCGCAUGAUUGGGUGAAUGACUUCGACAAACCGUUCACCUUUUCCUGCAGACCAGGGAAAAUGAUUGGUUCAUUGUACAGUGUCCAUAGCAACCUGCAUGAAGAUCGUCGCUGGAAGAUAGGGUGCUGGCGAAACACCCCUGUAGCAUCCAGGUGGUGGAGUCCAGCGAUUAACUUCCACAGGGAAUACUUUGUUUUCGUGUGCCCCUUUCAAUCAGCUCUGAGUGGAAUGGCUGGCGUUCAUUCGAACAAAUUUGAAGAUAGACGAUUUCGGUUUCAUUGUACACAAAGAAAAUUUAAACGAACUCGCCGAUGUUGGUGGUCGUCCUACUUGAAUAGAUUCGAUGGUGUCUUCCGAUUUGUCACGCCUCGGGGAACCUAUAUUUCAGGAGUAAAGGCUCAGUAUAGCAGAUUCCACAAGGAUCGUCGUUUCGCUAUCCGUUCGUGCAGACUUUACUAGAAAUCAAGAUGGUGAACACAAAACGCUGUUCGUUCUUAAAUCUUCUUCGAUCAAAGUUGCCAAUUAGCACGACAGGCUGUAUUGAUGAAAAGAAAAUUCGCGAACAAAGUUACAAUUUUGGAUAUGAUAACUUUUGGUUUUGUAACAUCUUGGUUUCUGAAUACACCACUCUUUAACAAAUUUGCUUUUUAAAAC